AUGAAGUUGACAAGCAGCUGCCAUGCUUCAAAAACACUAAAUGCCAGUAAUAUGGAGACAUUAAUUGAAUGUCGAUCAGAGGGUGACACCAAGGAACAUCCUCUGUUGGCAUCAUGUGAGAGCGAAGAUAGUCUUUGCCAGCUAAUUGAAAUUAAGAAGAGAAAGAAGGUGUUGAACUGGCUCUUUCUCAUGAGAAGAUUUUCUUCUUCAUCAGAUUUUUCUGGGGCUUCAGAGCCAGAAUUGAAGUCAUCCCUAUUUGAUCAGCCCUUGUCAGCUAUCUGCAGUGACAACGACACACCCCCCAGACCCAUUCAGGAUAUUCUCACUAUACUAUGCCUUAAAGGCCCUUCCACUGAAGGAAUAUUCAGGAAAGCAGCCAACGAGAAAGCCCGUAAAGAGCUUAAGGAGGAGCUCAACUCCGGAGGCGUGGUGGAUCUGAAAAGUCUCCCUGUGCACCUCUUGGCGGUGGUCUUUAAGGACUUCCUGAGAAGUAUCCCACUGAAGCUCCUGUCCUGCGACCUGUUUGAGGAGUGGAUGGGCGCCCUGGAGAAGCAGAGUGAAGAGGACAGGAUCGAGGCCCUGAAGCAGGUUGCAGAUAAGCUCCCGCAGCCCAACCACCUGCUGCUCAAGCACCUGGUCUCCGUGCUCCACGUGAUCAGCAAGAACUCCGAGGUCAACAAGAUGGACGCCAGCAAUCUCGCCAUCUGCAUCGGGCCCAAUGUGCUGAGCCCGGAGAAUGAGCAAAACCUGUCAUUCGAAGCCCGGAGAGACCUGAAUGAUAAGGUGAAGACACUGGUGGAAUUCCUCAUCGAUAACUGCUUUGAAAUAUUUGGGGAGAACAUGCCAGGGCAUUCCAGAAUUGCUUCUGAUGACUCCCUGGAACACACUGACAGUUCAGACGUGUCGACCCUGCAGAACGACUCGGCCUAUGACAGCAACGACCCCGACCCCGACGCGGAGCCCAGCAGCGCCGGGGGGUCCCUGAGCAGGUGGCCCCCAGGGUCCUCGGACCCGGCUGCCGGCCUGGAGCCCAGAGGCCCGCCGCACCCUUGGGAGCCUGUCCUCAGCAGUGCGCCCAGACUGAAAGGCUCUCUCGGGCAACCAGACAGGAGGUACUCGGACCCCAGCACGGCGGCAUCCUCGCAGGAGUGCCUCGAGGGCAGGAAAGCAAACCCGAAACUCACGCGCAGUGAGGAUGACUUCACCGUGACCCAGGCAGCCCCUCGUUUUGCAAGUGAGGAACCCGAGGACCCGUUUCCAGAGGAGGUGUUUCCUGCAGCGGAAGGCAAAACCCGGAGGCCACGAGACCCGAGGGUGCAGAGCCCGGCUCAGGGUUUGGUGUCACCGUGCACACUGGCCCCCAAAGCCGCCUCCAGCGGCUCCCUGGACGCGCUCUCCGACAGCUCACGCCUGACUUCUCCUUCCACUCCCAAAAGAAACUUCUUCACCAGACAUCAGUCCUUCACAAAGACUGAGAAAAGUAAGCCCGACAGAGAAAUUAAAAAACACUCCAUGUCAUUCUCCUUUGCCUCUCACCAAAAAGUGUCAACCAAAACCCGCAGCUCUGCUGUGGCUGCGAAAUCCCAGGGCUGCGCCAGAGACCAAGUAAAGAAAGGUCUUAAAAAAGAAAGCCAGCUCGCUGGCCGAAUCGUCCAAGAGAACCUGUCUGACGUCCACGGCCAAACAGCUGUGGACUUUAACUCGGGGGCCCACUCCCUCUCGGUGGAGAACGUGUUCCAGCUGGUGGAUCAGAGGAGCCCCAGCAGCCCCCCGUCUUACGAGGAGGCCAUUCAGCACCAGGCCUUGGAGCUCGCCGCCUACGGGAGCCAAACAGUUGGCAGCAUGAGGGCCAGGAUGCUGAGCCUGGACGCCCGGCUACACCCUCCUCUCCCUGUCCACCACGGAGGGGACGCAAGAAAUACAUGCGGUCAGGAGGCACUGGACGGGCCCCGACUGUGGCCCAGGACUGAGAGCUGGAAGCAGAGCAGGACUGUCUGUGCUUCUAUAGACAUGGCAGGACAGGUGACUGUCACCAGGAGACCUGAGCUGCAUCGGCCGAGAACCAUGUCUGAGUCUCAGCAGAAGAACAAGCAGGCCCUCCUGGCCCGGCGGUGUAGUCAGCCCGUCUUUGAUGCUGAUCAGUUCCGAUUCGCUAAGGAAUCCUACAUCUAGGAUGUGGACCCGUCACCCAGACACAGCGCGUGGCACCUCUGUACACGCAAGGCUGUGUACAGAGCUGCUCUGAGACUCUGUUUUCCAAAAAGUCGUGAAUAAGCUCCUUUGGAAAGCUGUGUAGAUACCUCCUCAGAGAGGACAGCUACCCAGCUCCUCAAUGGCACUCAGGCAGUGUCUGUGCACCUGCAUUUGUGCAACAUGUAGCAAAUGUAUCAAAUGCAUUCUAGACAAGGCGUUGGGUGCGAAGAGGUCUACGUCGA